AUGGCCUGCGUCGGUGCUGCGAGUGCCUGCAUGGACGUCGACGCGCUCUUCUCGAGUCACUGGGAGCAGGAUGACUCCCUGACUCGCUUCGUCUGCAGCCUAGUCUCUCUUCCACGCCUGGUCGACUUCAAGUGGGCCAGCUCAAGCAAUCAAGUUGCAGCAAAGGCUGUUCUUGUCGUGGAUGAGUCUCCUGCUGUCAAGAAUGAGGUCCCUGCUGUCCCUGUGGAGGUUCCUGCUGUCUCUGUGGAGGUUCCUGCUGACUCUGUGGAGGUCCCUGCUGACUCUGUGGAGGUCCCUGCUGACUCUGUGGAGGUCCCUGCUGACUCUGUGGAGGUCCCUGCUGACUCUGUGGAGGUCCCUGCUGACUCUGUAGAGGUUCUUGCUGACCUGAUCGAAACUGCUGCGUGCUCAGCUGAAACCGCUGCCUUGUCAACUGAGCUCGUUCCUCCUUUCUCGGCUGCUACACCUCGCUCCUCGGCUGAAGCAGUGUUCAGUUCGACUGAGAGCUCGAUCUACUCAGUUGAAAAGGCGUGGUGGUUGGCUGUUCUGGAACCAGAGGAGGUGACUUCUUCGUUCCUGGUUGCAGGGCCAUACAAGGACGUGCUCAUGGGUUCAAAGGCACAGAAAGGUGCGGUGGUGGAUGCAGAGGCGAGCAGCAGGCGCUGCAGCUUGAAUCGGAAUGAGAGUGCCUGUCUCAUCGACCUCACCUGGGAUACCUGCUCCUCCUCUUCUAAUAGCUUCAGCAGUACACAGGCGGACUUGUUAACAGAGGUAGCAAGUGGGAAGAGGGGGAUUGGCAGAGGCCUCAGCAGCACUGGGAAGGGCUGGAAUGGGGAGAUGAAAGGGAUUGGGAAGGCUGAGGACGAAGGGGUUACUUUCUCAAACCAGCUCUUUGGGGAUGAUGAUGAGGACGAAGAUGACAACAGAAGAAGCGGCUUCACAACCUAUGGGACAGGGAAUAUGUGCUACAUGAAUCAACUGUACAUGGAUGAGGAGGAUGAGGAGGAGAGGAGGUCACUAGCAGCAUCGGGUAUUUCUGUUGGCAUUGGGAGGUUCGCCGCUAGGAUGCUGUCAUUCCACGAGGAAGUGGUCGCACAGCUGCAUGAGGAGGGCGGAUUGGCGGUGUUGGGAGCGGGCCUGGGGCUCCACAAGACCCUCUCCGCCACACCCAUCUACAGCAGGCCGUGCAUGGGGGCCUUGAGGGGCAGCAUGCCUAGUGCUGACAGGGUGGCGGCGUAUCGAGAGGGAGGGUGCUUCGCUGUGACCUCCCGCAUUCUCAUUGUCGAUAUGCUCUCGGACCGAGUGCCCUUCAAUAAGCUCAAGGGUAUAGUGGUGGUGAAUGCGCACAGGGUCACCGACACAGGCGCAGAGGCCUUCAUUCUCAGGCUCUUCAGAGACGCCAACAAGCACGGCUUCAUCUACGCGCUCUCAGACCGCCCCAACUCGCUCACUGCCGGCUUCCACAAGGCAGAGCGCAUCCUCAAAGCGCUCUUCCUGCGCCGCCUCUACCUCUGGCCGCGCUUUCAGGUGAGCGUGUCUCAGGCAUUGGAGCAGCACCCCCCGCAUGUGGAGGACGUGAGGGUGCCUCUCUCCCCCGCAGCAGCAGCCAUCCAGCAAGCCAUCGUUGACAUCAUGGGCUCGUGCCUGCAGGAUCUGCGCCGUACAAACAAGCUGGACGUGGACGAUCUGACGGUGGAGAGCGGCCUGUUCAAGUCGUUUGACGAGAUCGUGAGGCGCCAGCUGGAUCCCGUGUGGCACACCCUGGGCCGCAAGAUCAAGCAGCUGGUGGCUGACCUCAGGACCCUUCGGAAGAUAGCAGAGCACCUGCUGCGCUACGACUCAGUCACCUUCCUGCGCUUCCUGGAUGCGCUCAAGGCGAGCGAAUCAAAGGCCGCCAUCUGGAUCUUCGUGGACCCCGCGCCCAAGAUAUUCGAGCUGGCCAAACGGAGGGUGUAUCAGGUUGUGAGGUCAGCAGCAGCAGGUCCACCACCACUGGCAGCACAUCAUGAGAAGCAACCGGCCAAGAAGAAGGCUUUGCGUGGAAAGGAGCAGGAGGGAAAUGGAGGCACGGGCGAGGAAAAGGACAGAGUGGGCGGGGAAAGGGGCACUGAUGAAGAAGGGCUGGGGCUGGAAGUGAGGGAAGAGGGAGGCAGCAGGGGGAGCGGGGAGGAGGGUGGGGUGGAGCUGCAGCCGGUGCUGGAGGAGAUGCCCAAAUGGAAGGUGCUGCGGGGUGCCUCAACAGCAGCACUGCUAGCAGCAGCACUAGCAGCAGCUCCCCCUGUGCUAGUGGCCUGCAAGGAUGAGUGCACUAGCCACCAGCUGCGGGACAUCAUUUUCUUUGGUGCCGCCACGGUAUCGCUACCUCUUCCUUACCACCUUUCCCACCCACUCCUGCUACCCCCUUCCCGCCAUCGGCAGGUGAUGCAGCGGGAGUGGCAGCACUACCUGCUGGCCAAAGCUGACCUUAUGAAGGCGAACCUUCCCAGAAGGAGACAUGCCCCUGCUGCUGCUGCUCGGGGGGGCACUGGCACUGCUGCUAGUGGCGCUGCUGCUGGUGUUGGUAGUGCUGCGCCUGGCAGUGCUGGCAGUGGUGCUGAUAUUGGUAGUGGUAGUUGUGGUGGCAGUAGCAACAGGAGUGGAGGAAAUGGCGCUUCUAGAAACGAGAGUGGCAUGGAUUCGUUUCAGAGAGAGCAGGUGCUGCUGCUGGCAGCCGCGAAGCGAGUGAGGAGGGAAAUGGAAGAGGAGGAGAUGGGAGGAGAGUGGGUGAUGGCUGGGAGGGCAGAGGAGGAGAGUGGGGGGUUGAGAGGGGGUGUAGCAGGGGGAGGGGGGAUGCAGGGAGGGGCGAGGGGAGAUGGGGAAGUGAGGGGGGAAAUCGGGGGUGCAGGGGCAAGGGGAGGAGGUGGGGGGAGGGGGAGGGGGAGGGGGAGGAGAGGGAGGGGAAAAAGGGGUGCGGCAGCAGCAGGGGUUGGGAGAGGAGUAGAGGCAGAUGGGCGGCAUGUGCGACUGGAGUUAGAUUUGGAAGUGGUGGAGAGGGGUGGAGGUGGGUUUGAGGAUGGGAACGAGGUUCAAGAGGUGCAGGGGGGGGCUGACAGGGAGGAAGGGGAGAAUGGGGACGGAGAGGCACGGGACGGGGGAGGUGAUGGGGUGGGGGUGAAAGAGGCGAGAGAGGAGAGGGGAAACGGUAGUGAGGAGGACAAGGGUAGUGAUGAGGGAACAGAGAGGGAGGGGAGUGAGAAGGGAGAGAGGUGGAGAGGGAAGGGGAGGAGAGGGCGAGGGAGAGGAGGGGCCAGAGGGAGGAAAAGGGGUGGGGGAUCUGGAGCACGGGGGAGGGGGCGGGGAGGAGAGAGGAAGAGGAAACGAGGAUGGAUGGAAGAAAGCUUGGAGGAGCAAGAGCAAGGGGAGGCGGAGGAAGGGGAGGAGGAGCAGGAGGAAGGGGCUAGACUGGGCAGCAUUGGCAAUAAUGACAAGGAUGGUGAUGAUGAUAGUGAUGGUGAUAGUGAUAGUGAUGUGUUUGUCCCACCAUCGGCCAAUGGCAGGCUGCCAGGUGUCCACCUGUGCACGCUGGAGGGCGCGUCUCACGUGCUGGAGCGGUUACAGCCGGGCGUGGUGGUGGUCUAUGAUCCCGACAUAGAGCUCGUUCGCCAGAUCGAAGUAUUUCAUGCUGCCCGGGCGAGUUCUCGGGCAGGCGUGGCGGGCAGGGAAGGAAGUGUUGUGACUGCUUCGGAAGCUGCCAGGGGGGGAGAAGGUGGCUCAGAGGGAGGAGGGGAUGGCGGGUCCACAGAGGGCCACAAGUUUGAGGCGAGCGUGCGGAGGGAGAACGGGGCGUUUGAGCAGCUCAUCAGACAGAAGGCUGUUAUGACCAUCCCGGCAGAGCAGGACGGCCGGUCCACCACAGAAUAUUCCCACAUGAGCCUGCCUCCUCCGCCCCUCACCCACCCCGCUGCUGCCAAUGCCGUCACGAGGAGAGGGGGAGGGCGGAGAGCUGUAGAGCGGCAAGAGAUGAGGGUGGUGGUGGAUAUGAGGGAGUUCAACAGCAGCCUGCCCUGCGUGCUGCACCAACGAGGCAUCAAGAUCCUCCCAGUCACACUAGAAGUGGGCGACUACAUCCUCUCGCCGGCCAUCUGUGUGGAGCGCAAGAGCGUCAGUGACCUCUUCGCCUCCUUUGCGUCGGGCCGCCUGCACCACCAGGCGGAGACCAUGUGCCGCUACUACCGCCUUCCCGUGCUGCUGAUCGAGUUCUCCAGCGACAAGAGCUUCUCCCUGCAGUCAGCGAGUGACAUCAGCGAUGACAUCACCCCAUCGAGCAUCAUAUCCAAGAUGUCGCUGCUCGCGCUGCACUUCCCGCGCCUGCGGAUCGUGUGGUCCAGAUCGCUCCAUGCGACGGCUGAGAUCUUCGCAUCGCUGAAGACCAAUCAGGACGAGCCAAGUGUCGACCAGGCCAUGAGGGUCGGCGUGCCGACAGAGGAUGGGCUGGUGGAGGGUGACACAAGGUAG